CACUAACCAACUAACCUUAUUUAUUGAUUGUUUAUCCACCCACCCACCCUUGGCCACAGCUUGAUUGAUCGAGCUUUCCUCUCCCUUUCAAAAUGCCUUGCACCACCGGCCGUGGUAUCACCAGAAUCGGAAAUUUUAGUCGGAUUUGGUCUUCGCCUUGCAGGGGACUGCAGACCGCCGUCCACGGCCAAUCGCCGCCUCCAACUAAGCCUGUCAAUUUAUUCUCUGCUGUAAACCAAGCCCUUCACAUAGCCUUGGACACCGAUCCUCGUGCUUAUGUAUUUGGGGAAGAUGUGGGGUUUGGUGGUGUUUUCCGCUGCACUACUGGUUUAGCUGAUCAAUUUGGCAAACGUCGAGUUUUCAAUACUCCCCUCUGUGAGCAGGGCAUUGUUGGAUUUGCAAUUGGUCUGGCAGCUAUGGGGAACAGAGCAAUAGCUGAAAUUCAGUUUGCAGAUUAUAUUUUUCCUGCUUUUGAUCAGAUUGUGAAUGAAGCAGCUAAGUUUAGAUACCGGAGUGGCAAUCAAUUUAAUUGCGGAGGCUUAACAAUCAGAACACCUUAUGGAGCCGUUGGCCAUGGAGGCCAUUACCAUUCUCAAUCCCCUGAAGCUUUUUUCUGUCAUGUUCCUGGUAUAAAGGUUGUGAUUCCACGCAGUCCUCGACAAGCUAAAGGACUGCUGUUGUCGUCAAUCCGCGACCCGAAUCCAGUUGUAUUUCUGGAACCAAAGUGGCUGUACCGGCUGGCAGUGGAAGAAGUUCCAGAGCAAGAUUACAUGUUACCACUAUCAGAAGCUGAGGUGAUUCGGGAAGGGAGUGACAUAACACUUGUUGGAUGGGGAGCUCAGCUGUCGGUCAUGGAACAGGCCUGUGUGGAUGCGGAGAAGGAGGGCAUCUCCUGUGAAUUGGUAGACCUGAAAACUCUAAUACCAUGGGAUAAGGAAACAGUAGAGGCAUCCGUUAAUAAAACUGGAAGACUUCUGGUUAGUCAUGAAGCUCCAAUAACAGGUGGAUUUGGCGCUGAAAUAUCUGCAUCCAUAGUGGAACGGUGCUUUACUAGGUUAGAAGCUCCAGUAGCAAGAGUGUGCGGCCUGGAUACCCCUUUCCCUCUUGUAUUUGAGCCAUUCUACAUGCCAACGAAGAACAAGAUAUUGGAUGCCAUCAAAUCCACGGUCAAAUAUUAGGCAAUGGAAGGAAGCAUUCAUUGUUUGCUCUAGAUGGGGAUGUCUAUUUCAUUAAGAAGUGCAAUAGAAGAAGACGGCAAUUAAUUAUCAACUCAAAUACAGACUUGUGGUCGACAAGAUUGUUUCUUAUUGGCCUUGGUAAUUAUGUUAAAAUAAACUUUAGACUCAUGUUUUGAUUUAUUUGUUUUCAAGUAUAAAAAGUAGUACAUAUUUAUUUUGUUAAA